AUGGAACUGGUGGUACAGGUUUCCUUUCGGCGCAAAAAGAAGGACGAGUCAAAGAAGGAGUCUGCCAAAUCCAGCUCCGCUGCCCCUGCGAGUGAUAAGGCUCCAUCCUCCAAGGGAACUUCAUCGAAGCCACCAACGCUCGAUGACAUUCCUGAAUUGAUUGAAACCAUGCUCAACUCGAAAGGGGAGAAGAGCGCCGCUGCCACAAAGCGCAUCUAUGAGCUAUGUGAUGUAGGCCACAAGCAAAACCGUGUUCCCAUGGUUUGCAGUGGAAAGUAUGAUGUGCUUACUCCCCUUGCCAGAUGCUUGACUCAGGAAUCUGGGGACGGUCGCCAUCUUGCAUGCCUUGCUUUGAAUAAUCUUUCUAUUCCAACAGAGAACAAACGCGUCAUGGCUUUGGGUCCAGCUUCAAAGGAGGUGAUCGGAGGACUUUGCAAGGUCAUCGCUGAAGAUAAGCAAGAAUCCUACCUAUGUUGCAUCUGUUUGAUGAACUUGUCAUUCCUCGAGGCCAGUAUUACCAGCAUUUUGCAGCAUUCCCCUAGUCCCAGUGGGAAGGAAAAGGCACCUCUAGAUAACCCAGCAUCUUUGAUUCGGGUUCUCGAGAAAUUGCUGUCAAACUCUCCAGCUGCUCCCAAAACUAGCUCUGGAAAAUCGGAAGGAGUUCGUUGGGCCUGUGGUCUAAUCAAGAACCUUGCCAAGAGCGAAGAUAAUGCUUCCAUCAUUGGAAAGACGGAUAUUCCAAAGUGUGUCAUUGAAAAUAUUCGAGCAUCGACUGCUCCUCCCUCAAGGUGGACUUCCAACAGUCUUGAGGAUUUUUCACUUUUCGUAAUUCUCAAUCUUGCUCAAUGGCCUGGAUCGCGCGAGGCCCUGAUGAAGGCUGGUGCUGUUGACGUUGUCAAGCCGAUCAUGGCCGAAGGAGACCUUCAAGGGCUCAAGGCUACCAUGGCAUGCGCUUUCCUCGAUGCCUCGUGGUCUUCCUUCCCCGAUGGAGGAAAUCCUGCUGCCAAGUCUGUAUCCGAGCUCAUGACUAACAUUGUGGAGAAGAAAGGAAAGGAUGGACAAUAUGCAUACGGUGUGUUCAAGCUAUACACAGCAACCAAGGCUUACGCGGAUCUUGCCAAAUCUGCCUCCAAGGCUGACGGAGCAGAGGGUGAUGCGAACACGAAGGUGCUUGCCGUCCCUUCUGCAGUUGCUUUGAAUUUCCAAAUCAUUUCUGAUCUUGUGCUUUCUGCGAUGGAUGAUGCCGAGGGUGGUUCCAAAUACGUCCCCGAUGCUAUGUCCGCCGAACAUGCUGUUACUGCAAUCGAAGCAAUGCUGCCUGCAAUUCUUCAGGCAGGUGAACCCCCUCGCAAGUCUGUCCAAAGUGAAAAGGCCUGCGGUGAAAUUAGUCAGAUGCUUCUAACGUACGCCGACAUUUCUGGUACAUCUCCUCAAGCCAAGACAAGCGCACGGGCUGCUGCCGAGAAAAUCAAGGAAUCCGCUAGUUCUGCCAGACCAAUUCUUGAAAUCUCUCAUGAUUUGUGGACCCAAUACCGCAAGAGAGAAGGACAACCACUUGAUCAAUUUGUCUCGAACGAUAAGGGGGUCGAAGUUGAUGAAUCUGGUCCACUUGAUUUCUUGCCUUGUGCCAGUUCAGAUGGGGGAUGCAUUAUUGCAUAG